AUGCCAGCCGUCAAAGCAAGCAGAGUGUCCAAAUCCAAGUUGAAGCAGACUUUACGGCGAAGUUCGACUCGAAGGGCCCUCACAACAAAUGAAGGGCAGCAACUAAAAAAGAAUUCCAAAUUGCUCCCCCUGGUUGAGCGCACCAAUGCUCUUUCCAUCGAGGAAUUCAUCUCACGGUAUAUCCCAACAGAGCCACUCAAGCAUACAUUGAUAUGGCGACCAAAAGAAAAUCAUGAUCAAGCCAAUAAAGAAAAGCCUCAAACCGAGAUGCACUGCAUCAUCGACGUAUUCUCAGCCAGCACCAUUCCCACAGAGGAAUUCGACACAUGCUUCAACCUCAUCAAAGAAACCUCGGAAGAUGCAUACCGAGCGUCCAGCUGGGGCUGGUUUCCUCAGCGUAAACGAAAGGAGAUGCGAUUGCCCGACAUGAAGUAUCUGAUUGAGCGACGCAGCCAAGAAGGACCGCCCGAAAUCACCACGGAGGACGGGCUCUCCUUCCCACGAGGAGAGAUUCUGGCAUUCCUCUCGUUUAUGGUGACCUACGAAGACGGCAAGGAAGUGAUCUACUGCUAUGAGCUCCAUGUGGCGCCAAAGGCUCAGCGGCAGGGUCUUGGGCUGCGACUGAUGACGUUGCUGGAAUCGAUAGGGAAUAAGGUUGGUCUGGAGGCGGCCAUGCUGAGUUGUUUCAGAAGUAAUCAGGGAGCACUGCGGUUUUAUGAGUCCAUUGGAUACCGUGAAGAUGAAAGCUCUCCACGGCCUACUCGAUUGCGGAGAGGAGAGGUACAGCCGGACUAUUAUAUCUUAUCCAAGCAGCUAGAGCGGUAG